AUGGAAAGCAAAAUAAGAGCUCAGUCAGAUAUGUACCACCGAAUGGAAAAUGCCAGAGUCAAUUUUAAGAAAUCUCCAAAAGAUAGGCUAACUUCAAACUACAUAGAAACUAGAAUUGAUAUUUUGAAUGGACAGUGGGAAACAUUUAACAAAGUACAUGAACAACUUAUUAGUGAAGUUAGUGAUGCUGAUUAUGCAGAGUUAGAUUACUUUAACGAGGAUUUUUACACCAAAACAGAAGACUUAUACGCAGAUUAUAAAACAGAAUUAAAGGCAAGCUUGGAAAAAUGUACUCGCGUACCGACCAAAACGCAGGACACAUGUAGAAUUUGCAAAAAGAAACACCACUCGCUAUUGCAUUCAACCACCACCAACGUUCAAUCAAAUAAUGUAAAGGUAACCACUCAAUCGAAUAGUAACAAUGUUGUCGCGGCAACAGCGACAGCAUCAGACGAAAAUGAUCAGACCAACAUUACCACUUGUUUCUCUAACAACAAGAGUCAAGUGCUUUUAGCAACCGAUUUAGUAAAAGCUGAAACAAACAACGGAUCUUUUAUGACACUUAGGUCUUUACUGGACCAAGGAUCACAGGCUUCGUUUAUAACGGAGUCUGCAGUCCAAUUACUUGGGCUGAAGAAGGAAACAAGCAAAAGUGUCAUAUUUGGAGUAGGGAUGGCAGAAUAA